CGUACCGUAGUCCAUCAGUAAGAGUACUGUCCUCCGCGGUUUUCCAAGGAAAAUUCGCCAUUCAGUGAUUAGUCGCGUCUGAUCGCCUCGUUACGCGUUCGACUAACAAGUCGAGGUUAUUUUCGACGGAUCUGUUCAACUAAAUCGCCAAGACGAAGCUCAAAAUGUCAUUGGGCAAUCACGCUGCCCUUACACCCCUGGAGGACAUGUCAGCUGGUCGGGGGCAAGCAUGUGGGGAUCCCUCGAUUUGUCAGAAAGUUUUUAUACAACGUGACUACAGUGAGGGUACUAUGGUUAAGUUUCAAACACAAUUUCCCAGGGAGUUAGAGAGCAGACUGGACAGGCAGUUGUUUGAGAACACGAUCACUCAGUUGAACAACUACUUCGAGGAAGCAGAACAAGCCAGUUGUUCCACGUAUUGCGAAAGCUGUUUAGCUUGUCUCACUGGUUACCUAAUUUAUAUAUGUACAGAGACUCAUUAUGAGAAGUGUUUAAGAAAGGUGGCUAAGUUUGUUAGUGAACAAAAUGACAGAGUCUAUAAGCCACGUGGUCUCCUAUUAUCAAAUCCAAUAAUGCGUGGUCUUAGGCUAAUAGAAAUUUCAGUACUGGACACACCUGCGUCGUGA